AUGGCGUUGGCAAUUACUAUGCCAACAAGAGUAGAAUCUUUCGAAACCAAUAAUGAGAAUGAUGAGGAACCAAAUUCUCUGAGAGGAACAAGCCGGUUCCUGUCCCAGAGAAGCAGCAAGGCAACUCUGACAUGUGACAGAAACCCAAAGGUUUGCUAUAGCAUAAGAGGGAGUGGAGGUCCUAAUUGCUGCAACAACAAGUGUGUCAACUUCAACACAGAUGAAUUGAACUGCGGAAAGUGUGGGAAGAAAUGUGGAUAUUCCAAGAUAUGCUGUGAAGGUAAGUGCAUCAAUCCAAAGACUAAUGAGAAGCACUGUGGCAAAUGCGGCAACAAGUGCAAUUCCAAAGGCUCUUGUGUCUAUGGCUUGUGCAGCUAUGCUUAG